CAGCUAGUGGUAGCAGCAGCGAGUAGUUUUAAGCGAGUGAACGACCGAGUUUAGUAGACGAUAUCACGAUCGGACCAACAUGACCGAAGACGACGACUUUGACGAACAACAGCAGCAGCAACAGCAACAGCAGGAGCGCCUGGAAUCGCUAAACUUCUUCUGAACGCAAAUCCCGGAACCAGCAGCGGACCGAAAAAAAACAAAUCGUCACGGAACACGGGCGGAACGGCAUCACUAGAGAGAGCGAAUCUGCUUGGGCGUGUGAUGUGCUUGCUUUGAUUGAGUGGAGAGCCUGAGUCGUCCUGGUGCGAACCGCAAAUUGUGGCCCAGGCCCGCAGUGACCAACAAAGUGGGGCUGUGUCCGCGAAGAAGCGGAGGAAUUGUGGUGUACCACUGUGCAAAAUAUAAUCCGUCGCGGGGCCAUCGCGAAGCCAUCUGGCAAAUUGGUGUGUGUUUCCGAGUGAGAUGCACAAUCGUGCGUGGCCAAACCACCAACCGAGUGCGACCUUGAUGAUGGGCGUGAAAAGCACCGUCGUGUAUGGCGCUUCAUAAGUGGCGCCGGAGGCAGCGGACGACGACGACGACGAGGACGAUAAAAAGAAAUCGACAACCGUAUUCACGGCUACGGGGCGUGCUAGCGAACGGGGUGAACAAGUCUCGCAUCCGGAUCGUAAAUUGGCAAACAGAACAGUGGUGGCGUCCCGAAACGAACAACCGCAGCAUCCCAGUUUCAGUGCCCAUCGCUAGAGCCAGAGGCGAUGGUGCAUUUGCAAACACGGCGCGGAUUCCGGCAAACAGGAGAGCAGGAGCGGUUGAGGACGGUGGUAUAGUGCAAAGGGUGGACAAGUAGAGUGUCCAGAGAGAGAGAGAGAGAGAGAGAGAGAGAGAGAGAGAGAGAGAGAGAGAGAGAGAGAGAGAGAGAGAGAGACAUCGAAAGGUGCAUCCGAGUCGCCAAUCCAACCCUCUCCUGUGCUCCUCUGCAGAACAAAUCUGUUGUUGGCUCAAUUAUGCGGUUUGUGUUUAAUUGAAGUUUAACGAAAGGGAACCCACCUCCUGCUGCGUGCGAAGCGGAGAACGAAAAUCGACGACCAGAGCGAGAAACAGAGGAGAAUCCGAGCGCCAAGAGAGAGAGAGAGAGAGAGAGAAAACGAGUAUUUCCGGCUUCCUAAGCUCGUCCGGCGACAUACUUCCGGACGGACGGAUGGGCAGGCGAGCGAACGAGCGGGCGGACUGACUGACUGACUGGCGCGGCUGGCUGGCUGGUUGGUUGACUGCCUCACCAUCGAAGAGACCCUAGCAUAGAGAGUCAUAGCAACCGUCGUGUGACGACAAAAAGGCGACAACACCACACGCAGGCACACGAGCUGCCUACUAAGCGUGAAGUGCACUAGCAUACACUCAUACACAGGCGGUCGCGGUCCGGGGUUGUUGUUGUUGUUGUUGGAACCAUCCGGCCAACUCCUCUUCUGCCCCGGAAAGGUGGUGCUGGCGGACGUGGGUGUGGCGUUCGACAAGUGAGUCGUGCGUUAUUAGAGGUAACAGGCAUGAAUCAUCGGACAAGAGCGAGCGCGCUUUAUCACAGCACUUCAUAGUGGUGUGGACCCGAUCCAUUCAGUACGUGCUGCUGCCACUCCUUCGACGCGCCGUGGCCUGCAGGCAGGUGCAGAUGCACACACCCCGUUCCCAGUUCCAGAGGCACACAGAGACGGGCGACAAAAGGUACCAAAGAAUAAUGUUUACGCCCAUGGGUGCGUCUGUGUCUGUGUUUAGAUCAUAAAAGUGAAUAUUAGCAAAGGUGCAUCCUGCCACAGUGGAACCCCCAGGCAGCAGUGUCGCGACUGGAAAGCAAAUCAGGGUAGUGUCCCGGUAGUCGACGUUGUCGUCGAAGUCGGUUCGACAAUCGCAAUUAUCGACCAGCAAAGUGUGUGAACGAGCGAGCGAGCGGCGCGUUAGAGAAGAACGUAGAACGAGCGGCGCCCUGGAUUACCAGGAGAUAGCGGUGGACAGACAGAGGGCGGCUAUAUGGUGAUUAGCUUAUUGGUGGUGGCGGCUGCGGCGACAGCAGCAGUUCGUUCGUAAUCAACUGUUUGAAGCUCACGACGACGACGACGGCCAAGGUGGCAGUUGACCGGCAUAGCGGCAGCGGCACUGAUUGGCGGCGACCCAUUAGAGAACGAGCGACCCAACCAUUAGAAGGGAACCCCUCGUGGGACUUCGGGAAGUGGUCGAACGUCGGCGGUAUAGCGUGUGAGCGAUAAGAACCUGACGCGACGCACACAAGGAAGGGAGAACACGCUGGAGGGCUGGAGGAAACGGUGGAACAUGACCACGGCGACAAUGGAAAUGGUAACGACAGCCACCGCAACCGCAACGACUACGAUGACGCCCGGGACAGGCAAUUCCAGCUCCAGUACGGUGGUGACCAGCAGCGGUGGUGGUGGUGCAGCAUCAACAGCAGCAGCAGCAGCAGCAGGAGCCUCGGGUGGUGGUGGUGGAUACAGUAGCCUAGAGGAGAUGAUGCGGAACCAAGCAGUAUCAGCUGGCCAAACGAUGCUCGACUAUGGCAAUCUGUCCGGCGUUAGUCCACUGUUGCUGGACGAGCUGGAUGGAACGAACAUCGGGAACAUCACGACCGUUUCGCAGCACAGCAACGAUUCGAUCGAGCGUAUUGCCGGUGGUGUGGGAUCCCAGCUGUCGGGGGGCGCCGGAUCGGGCCAUGGAUCGCAGCAGGCACAUUCGCACCAGAAGGGCCACUCGCGAGGUAGCAGCGCACCGUUGGCGUACGAUCGGAUCACGACCAAGAUCGCCUGCACGAAGGAGGCGAUCCGGAAGGAGCAGGAAACGCGGGAUGCCAACGUGAACGAGUAUCUGAAGCUGGCCGCCAACGCGGACAAGCAGCAGCUGGCCCGCAUCAAGGCAGUGUUCGAGAAGAAGAACCAGAAGAGCGCGAACGCCAUCUCGCAUCUGCAGAAGAAGCUUGAGUCGUACAACAAGCGCUACAAGGAUCUUCAACAGACGCAACAGAAACAGCAACAACAACAACAACAACAGGCACAGCAGCAGCAACAGGCACAGCAGCAACAGCAGCAAGUGCAACAGCAGCUGGCGGCAGUGGCCGCUCAGCAGGAAGCAAAUGCCAGCAAUAUGCAUCAUCCAGCACAACACAAUAUAACCGGUAGCAGUGGUGGUGGUGGUGGUAGUUCCGGUCAGCACCACGGGAGCGGAAGUCAAACACUGCCCUCGAACCUGCAGCAGCAUCUGGCGACUUCGGCGGCCAGCGGUAGCGGUCAGAGUUUUCUGCAGCCUCGCGAAAUGCUGCGCGACGUGGGCAAGGGCCUGAUGAACGUCGGUGGCAACAUACGGCACGGUGUGACCGGCCUGUCGACGACUGUGAUAUCGAAACCGCGUAAGUUUGCGCAUCUCUUCCGUAACAAGUUCGGUAGCGCGGACAACAUCAACCAACUGACGGCCACCUGGUACACAGGCAGUGCGACGGCCGAUCCGAAUGACCUCUCGCUGAUGGAGCCCGGGAACGAUCAGGGCCAGACGACCACACCGAGCACGCUGCAGCCGGGUCACCAUCAUUCGCAUCAUCACCACCAUUCGCACCAUCCCACCAGCAUCAGUGAUAGUGAGGGCCGGCGACAGGGGCAGGCACAAACAACGGGGCAUGCAAGCGGUGGCCAGCAUCGCCAGCACGGCAAGUACAGCGAGCAUGACAGCGAGUGUAGCAGCGUAACGAGCGACAGUAUGCCACCCGGAUCGGACAAACACCAUCGGCUCGGUGGUGGUGGUGGCAGUCAGCAGCAGCAGCAGCAGCGCUCCGGUUGUUGCACCCACCAGAAAGCUCUCGCGGAACUGCGCGAUGAGCAGCAGAAGCUGAGGGAACGGUGCGAUCGGCUCGAGCUGCUCCCGAAGGAUGUCUCGGAGCUGUCGAUGGCACUGGAGAACGAACGGUACCGGGCCGAUCGGCUGGAGGAGCAGAUCAACGAUCUGUCCGAGUUGCACCAAAACGAGCGGGAAAACCUGAAGCAAGCGAUCGCCGACCUGGAGGAGAAGGUACAGUACCAGAGCGACGAGCGGCUGCGGGAUGUGAACGAGAUUCUCGAGAACUGCCAGACGCGCAUCGCCAAGAUGGAGCAGCUGUCCCAACAGCAGUACGUAACGGUCGAGGGUAUCUACAACUCGAACGCUCGUGCCGUCGUGGUGAAGCUGAUUAACGUCGUGCUGACGGUGCUGCAGGUCAUACUGCUGCUGGUGGCAACGGCCGCCGGGAUUAUUGUGCCAUUUCUGAAGACCCGGUUCCGCGUACUCACGACGCUUCUGUUCCUGCUCACCCUGAUCGUGAUCGUACGCCAGUGGCCGGACGUGCGCGAUACCGGUGUGCACUUGAUCCGCACCCUACGCAGUCAGGUCAUUGCGGAUGCGCCCUAGACCCUUGGUGCGGUGCGGUGUUUCGAGGAAUACCGUGGCAUUCGUUUUGUAUAAUUAAUAUUAUAAUAUAUAAUUUUGUAGGCAAGGCUCAAGAGAUAUGCUCACCAUACACACGUAACAGAGACAGACAGGCACGCGAGUCCCAUGCGAUUGGCUUGGCGAAGGAUAAACAGCAGGAUCAUCCCCGAGAAUCAAGCGAGAACCGAAUUGCUCAAGAACGCAACAGGGAAACUAGGUGAGCCGGAGCCAAAGUUACAGACAAGCGAAGGCGAUAACGAUCGGAGAGGGACGGAGAGCGCGCGAGCGAGAGAGAGAAAGAGAGAAAAAUAGAGAAAUAGAGCUUGUUAGCGAGCUAGGCCACUUCAGGACAUGAAUCCAUCCACGAAUAUGACUCCACAAAACCCACGGAACCAUCACCAAUCGUGCUCGAGGUGGGGGCGGUUACUCGAGAACACAGAUGCAGGAGCUAGCUAGUUUUAAGGAUUCGGUGGCAGUGCUGCGCGAACCGCCAGAAUACGAUGAUCCCGAUUAGUCAUCCUUAAAGGUGUAAUAUGCUGCUUUAAUGAUUAGUUUUAAAGAGCGAUCGAGUGGCGAUCAAUCCAAGCUACGCUCUCUUCGGGGGAGGUCCCAGCGGUGGUGUGGAUUCGGAAUUGCUUCAUCCCCCCCCACCAGUUGUCGAUGUGCAAAGGCGUGGGAUUGAGAAUGGAAAACAGGCAGAAAGAGCAACGGAUAGAGGGUUUGGGUAACAAUGAAAGCAAUCCGCAAAUCCGCGUGUAGUGAUACCGUUUUAGCCGUUAGCCAUUAGUUUGUUCUAGGCAGUUAGUAGAGGCAGAGAGAGAGAGAGAGGGGGCUGUAUAUGCUCUUUCCGUUGGCAUAAUGCCCCACCCCGCGGGAAGCGUCGGAAUGUGACCGAACGAAAAAAAAGGGGGAAAGAGAACCACGCCGAUUCGUGUUGUCCGUUAUACGAUGUGUGUACGUUCUUGUAGUGUGUAUAGCAUUUUAGACAAACCAAUUUCUUCGAGUACGUGGUUACGGAAGCAAUAUUAAGUUAUUAGUGGUAAUAUCGGGGGGAAAGGGGGGGGGGGAG